UCAUAUAUAAUAUUAUUUUAAAAAUAAGGUAUAUUAUUAUCAUAGUCAUGGCACACCGUGUAAGAGCUAUUGAUGAUUGAAAAACGAAUAUCUAAUAUCAAACUACUUUUUAUCUCGGUCUGGUUUACCACGUGAUUUGAAAAACAGAACGACCUCUCGCUGCUAAGCUCUAAGUAGCUAUUUUAGAAACUAUUUUCAUGCAAUGGAUCAAACUGAACAGCAAGAAGAGGACUAUGGAUAUAACCUAUUCCCGGAGAGGAAUUCGGGAAAGUUCCAAAAGGGAUCGAUAGCAGAAAGCUUGUUCACUUUCAAUCACAAAUGUCAGGUCAUGCUACAAUUCGCAAUGGAAACAAGUCCAUAUGCAAAGCUUCUCCUUGGAGCCAUGAAAAGCUCAGGAUGUGCAGUGUACAAAGAUAGACAUUUCUCCUGUGAAGACUGUGAUGGAACUGUCAGUGGCGGUUUUGAUGCAACAUCAUCACAAAUUGUUUUGUGUCAGAAUAAUAUUCACCAGCAGUCCCACAUGAACCGAGUGGUUACACAUGAGCUCAUCCAUGCCUUUGACCACUGCCGGGCGCAUGUGGAUUGGUUUAACAACUUCAAGCACUUGGCCUGCUCAGAGAUUCGAGCAGCCAAUCUCAGUGGGGAUUGCUCUUUCCAUAAUGAAGUAUCCAGGUUCAACUUUGGCCUCAAGAAGCACCAUCAGGAAUGUGUUCGGGGACGUGCCUUGCGUUCCAUCCUUGCUGUUAGGAAGGUGAGCCGAGAGGAGGCAGAGAAAGUGGUGGACGAGGUAUUCGACACCUGCUUCAAUGACCACGCCCCUUUCGGCCGUAUCCCACAUGACAAGAAGGACGCCAAGUUUGCCUACAGAGAUUUUGAGAACCGAGAUCGGUAUUCCGCAAACCUUUAAUGUGUUAUUACGUGUACAAAUUAAUUGCAAUUUAAUUUCCAUGGGUGCUAUUGUGAGGAUCCUUGCAGAAAGCUGGGCAACCUACCACUGCCCUUAGCAGAAUGACUGUGUCAAAAAUUGUAUGAAAUUACCUCUUGAAGGGAAAUAUUCAGAGUUCUUUCUCUGUCAUUUAAAUAAAUCAAAGGAUAUAAUAAAUUAUAUGUUUUUAUGGCAUGUGACUUUUGUGUACUCUAAUGCUAAAGCUAAAGAAUGUGAUGGAGUGGUUUCCUUUUGGAUAUUGAUACAUUUGGCAAAUAUCUUUUGGUCGUACUUUUACAGCUGUUCCAAAGUUGGUGUUUGUGAAGGGUAUAUGAUGCCUGUAAAACUUAUUUCAAGACUGAAAGGUGGGGACACAUUUCCAAGGGGGACUGUCCACCCCUCUACUCUGCCAUGUGGACAUACAAUGACUGAGAACUGGGAGUUCACUGUUAAUAGAUUGUAUUGUACUGUACUGAAUAAGUCAACUUGUUGAAAUAAAUAUUUGAUUAUUAUGAAUAUGA